CUCUGUAGGGAAUCGAACCCUUGACUUUCAGCACGCUUAGCCGAUGCUCAACCAUCCAGCUAUGGGUCAUAUCAACUUUCCACUAUUUCGCCUUGUUAUUUAGGGUAAACCUAUGUACUUUGAACUAUAAUGUUAAAUGGAAACCUCCAAGACUACAAAUACAAUCAGCUGCAGUCAACCCCAGCACUGCCGCAAUUGGUUGCCACAAGACAAUAAAAGCAAGGCCUGUAGAAUGAGGAAUCAGAAGAUCAGAAUGGUCAAACACUCGACUUCUCCCUCGCCAAAUCGUGCUCACGUCAACGCGACUCCUGGACUAGAUCGAUCAACUAUUUCCAAAGCAGACGAACUGUUCCACAAAAUCUUGCAAAUUGUUUUAAAAGUACUAUCACUGGCAUCGUCAUCUAGUAGAAAAUUCGGUCAGAUCAAGUUAAAAAAAUAAGCCUUACUUAUCCUUUUUUUCCAAAUAACACGUAUGUUGUUAAAAAUUUACAUGAUUUGGAUUCGUAAUUCAAGGACAAUUACAAAAACACAAUACAAUUUACAAAAAG